AACGAUCCUCGGUUGCGCGACGCGGGGAAGAGAUGGGUUGCUGUGAGAAGGAAACGACCUAUUAGGUUUUGGUAGGGGAAAAUAGACAAACGGUCACCAGUAGCGGAGGACAAACGGUCAUCACAUUAGACAACUGCUAGCCGUCACUGUAGAGGCGGUCACCAUGAGCGAACGGACGCCAGCGACAAUCGCAUUUCUAGUAUCGCGUUUGCGAAAGCCCGUCAUCGAGUAACAUUUAGCUGUUCGCCAGUGCAGUAGUGUGGGGGGUCCAUCGGACAGAGAGCGAAAGCGCUUGUCGCCGCGUCCUAAGUACUGACCAGACGCGCAGGGAGUACCAGAAGGAACGAGGAACGAAUGCGCCUCAUCGCGGCGCUGCAUUCACUGACGAGCCGCCGCGUGACGCUAUUGGCGCAGAUCGCGAUGACUAAGGCCAAGCCGCCGGGUCGUGCAGGCAAAGACGCUUCUAAGACUAAGUACUACGCGGUGCGGAAAGGACACCAGCCGGGGAUCUAUCUGACGUGGCCGGAAUGUCAAAGACAGGUGACCAAUUUCAAGGGCAACCAGCACAAAAGCUUCCCCACCCUUGACCAAGCCCUCUCCUACCUCGCCCUCGCUAACGUCUUCGUCUCCUCUCCGCCCCAACACGCUGCUGAGGCCCCAAACCAAGGCAAUAUACAUGCUGCUGCUGCUGCUGCCACCACCGGUUAUGCAGCCGUUGCUGCAGCUGAAGAUCGCGCGGCUGCUGGAGGAGGGAAUGCCGAGAGCCAGGGAGGAGGAUACGCUAGGAGCUUUGGAGAAGGGGAUGCAGGGAGCCUGGGAGAAGGAAAUGCAGGGAGCCGGGGAGAAGGAAAUGCAGGGAGCCGGGGAGAAGGGGGAUAUUCUGCUGCAGGGGGGAGGGAUGGGGAGGAGGGAGGUGUGGGGGAGGGUGGGAGUGUGAGAGUAGGGGGAGAGGAGGGGGCUGUGAAGGUGAGGAGAGGGGAGGACAUGCGGCCACAUAUUGCGACACUGGGGUUGCAAAUAGACUCUCAGGCGCUCUACCGGAUGGAGUUUGAUGGAGCGUCCAAGGGCAACCCAGGGCGGGCAGGGGCAGGGUCUGUGUUGUGGGAUGAGCGGGGCAGCGAGCUGGUGUGCAUGAGGGAGGGCGUGGGGCAUGGCACGUGCAACAUGGCUGAGUACCGGGCGUUCAUAGGGGGCCUGGAGUUGGCACUGGCUCUUGGCAUCACGCGGUUGCACGUGCAAGGGGACUCCAUGCUAGUGGUGAUGCAGGUGCAGAAGAAGUGGAAGGUGAAUGCGGAGAUGCUGAGAGAGCCGUGCAAGCAUGCCCAGCAGCUGGUGUGCCAAUUCCAAGAGAUUGCCAUCCGCCACGUGCCUAGGGAGUGCAACCAGUUGGCGGAUCUUCUCUCAAAUGAGGCAGUGCCUCUCGCAGAGGACCAGCGGGUGAUCGUCCCCUCCUCCUCCACCACUCGCUUUCUCCAUGGCAACCUUGCAUCUGCCUCUGCAUCUGCCUCUGCACCCUCCCCCAAGCCCAUACCCAGACGCGGCCGCCCUCCAAAGAUCCAAUCAAAGGCUGCCAGGCAAGCGCAGCACACCUGAGCCCUCUCUCUUCGCCAGACAGUUUACUGCCAAGUUUGCUUUGCCUCAAAGCACACCUAGGCAUUUCUGACUAGAGCAACCGCAUUCAAUCUCUCUCCACACCCUCCCCUAAAGCCCAUCCCCAGAUGUGGCUGUCCACGAAGUGUCCAAUCAAAGGCUGCCAUGCAAGCACAGCACACCUGAGCCCUCUCUCCCCGCCAAGCAGAUACCCCGCCAAGCUAGCUUUGUUUUGAAGCACACCUAGGCUGCUCUGCCCACAGAAACCGCACUCAAUCUCUCUCCACACCCUCCCCUGAAGCCCAUUGUCGAUGCGGCCAGCUGCCCAAUCUCCACUCCUGCAAGCCUGUGAGGUUUGCACAGCACAGCACCACCUGGAGAACUCCUGAUGCUUGCUUGCACUGGAGUCAAUCGCCUUUCUUAAAGCCCAUACUCUGACGCGGCUGCCCGUCCACACUGCAGACCUGCUAGCCUGCCAGGUCAGCACAGCACGUGGAACGUUCCUGAAGCUUGUCCUGCUUGAUUCAGUGUUACAACAGCAAUCUUACAUGCAGUUCUUUGCUUAGCAGGCUCUCAGCAAAACGAUUAGCAGCAGCUAAUGCAUCGCAUAUGAUGUGACUUCUCUUGACAGCGAUGUCCUCCCCAAUCUUGGAUUACGGAGCACACUUAAAGACUGGUGCUGAAAGUGUGCUUUGUAAUCCAAGGUCGGGGAGGACGUCCCUGUCAAGAGACGCUGGGGUUGCCCUUGAGAUCCUUGGGGAAGGGUCACAGGUGCAGAGCCUGGGGGGUUAUGGGCGCACCUACCUGCUACUGAACAAGCCCUUUUAACUCAGUGG